CUGUGUGUGUUUUCUUUUACUUGGAGAUCAUGCAGAGAGCUACACGUCUGAAGAAGGAGUUGAACCUGUUAGCCACAGAGCCACCCCCUGGCAUCACAUGCUGGCAGGAUAAGGAUCAGAUGGAUGAUCUUCGAGCUCAAAUAUUAGGUGGGGCCAACACACCAUAUGCCAAAGGUGUUUUCAAGCUGGAAGUUACCAUUCCUGAGAGGUACCCAUUUGAACCUCCUAAGAUCCGAUUUCUGACUCCAAUCUAUCAUCCAAACAUUGAUUCUGCUGGAAGGAUUUGUCUAGAUCUUCUCAAAAUGCCACCAAAAGGCGCCUGGAGACCAUCCCUCAACAUCGCGACUGUAUUGACCUCAAUCCAGCUGCUUAUGUCAGAACCCAACCCUGAUGACCCACUCAUGGCUGACAUAUCCUCAGAAUAUAAAUAUAAUAAGCCAGUCUUCCUCAAGAAUGCCAGGCAAUGGACAGAGAAGCAUGCAAGACAGAAACAGAAGGCUGAUGAGGAAGAGGUGACGGAUAAUCUACCAGAGGCCAGUGACCCAGAAGCAUGCAACGGAACACAGAAAAGGAAAGCCAGAGAACUGGGAGGGAUACAAAAGAAAUUUCACUCUGAUGUUUAGGGGCUUCCUCGUGGUCUGUCUUAGUUAAUAUAUCUUCAUUUUUUGCCAAGGUG